GGUAGGGCAACUGGGGUGAGUGCCUGAGGAGGGGGCCCGAGACGCACCGAGGGGCUGGGAGCUAGGAGACCGAAUGCCUUGGAUACCCGAAGUCGCUGCCCGAAGAAGCUGACAGCGGACCCGGAGCGGGCGCACGCCCCGGGGUCGCCCUCGGGUCCCGGGUCUCCCUGCUCGGUACUCCGACCUCCGGCGCGAGGGUCCAAGGAGACUGAAGAAGGCAGAAGACAGGCUGAUGGGCUCAGUUGGUAGGCUCCCCUGUCUCACCAUGACUGCUGAAAAUCCCAUGUCUGGAGACCUGGCUUUGGCCCCACUUGUCACUUGCAAACUCUGCCUGUGUGAACAGUCUCUGGAUAAGAUGACCACACUCCAGGAAUGCCGGUGCAUGUUUUGCACAGCUUGCCUGAAACAGUAUAUGCAGCUGGCAAUCCGGGAAGGUUGUGGGUCUCCCAUCACUUGCCCAGACAUGGUGUGCCUAAACCACGGGACCCUGCAGGAAGCUGAGAUUGCCUGUUUGGUACCUGUGGAUCAGUUUCAGCUCUAUCAGCGGUUAAAAUUUGAACGUGAGGUUCACCUGGACCCCUAUCGAACGUGGUGUCCUGUCGCAGACUGUCACACAGUGUGCUCUGUUGUAUCGCGUGACCCAGGACAGCCUGUGCUGGUGGAAUGCCCUUCUUGCCACCUGAAAUUCUGCUCAUGUUGCAAGGAUGCUUGGCACGCAGAGGUCUCCUGUAGAGACAAUCAGCCUAUUGCCCUGCCAACAGAGAACAGGGCCCUCUUUGGGACAGAUGCAGAAGCCCCCAUUAAGCAGUGCCCAGUCUGCCGGGUUUAUAUCGAACGCAACGAAGGCUGUGCUCAGAUGAUGUGUAAGAACUGCAAGCACACAUUUUGCUGGUACUGUCUCCAGAACCUGGAUAAUGACAUUUUCCUCAGACAUUAUGACAAAGGACCAUGCAGGAAUAAACUCGGCCACUCGAGAGCAUCAGUGAUGUGGAACCGAACACAGGUGGUGGGGAUUCUUGUAGGCUUGGGCAUCAUUGCCUUGGUGACGUCUCCCUUGUUACUCCUGGCCUCCCCGUGUAUAAUCUGUUGUGUCUGCAAGUCUUGUCGGGGCAAGAAGAAAAAGCAUGACCCAUCUACUACCUAAAGGUCUCCGUGUUCAUGCACCACAGAUGUCCUGAGACAGCACAGUGAUAAAGCCCCUCUUAGUGAUCUUGCCUCCUUCUCCUUGCCAAACUUUGGAAGUGCCUCUGUGUCCAGACUUUGAAUCUGCCUGCCAGCCUUCUGUGUCAGAAAAGGCUAAGUCUGGACUCACUGUGGUCCAGGCUGUGUCUAUGGAGCAUGUUGGGAGCUUCGGGGUUGCUUGAGAGGAACUAACACAUCAUCAUUUUAUCAUCCAAAGGAUCCCACUGGACUUUCAACUUCCAGCCAAAGUCAAAGAACCUGAGUGAACAUUUGAUAUAAUAAACGUGUUGUCACGGUUAGCAACAUACAAGAUAACUGAGAAGCUAGACUCUGUUCUGUGUUGAUUUGACCACCAUGAGAGACACCGGGGAAACCCAACGUAGGAAGGGAUGGUUAGGACUGCAAAAGGAGAAAUUCUCAGAGCUGUAAAGCAGGCUGCUUAUCAUAAGGAGUCGAUAUGGUGGUUCUGCCUCUGCUGGCUACUGAGUGUGCUAUUCCCAAUGUUCCUACAAUGACUUGGCAGAAACACAAUAGGUUUCUCCUUGUGUGAUCUCAGCUUUAAGCAGGAGAAACUGCUGUGCAGAGGGAGUUGUCCUUUCCCAGUAAAAGGGUUGCAGCUUGUUAAACAAUAUGGUCUAAUUUAGUGCCUCUCCCUUGGCAAAUGUAACUUUUCUAAGGCGUCAACCCAUCUCAUAAAGCUGGUAGCUGUGGUCUAUGAAAUUGUUUCAUAUAAAAUAUGGGUAGAGUGGUAGAGGGUCAAAACCUUUGUCAUGGGUAACAGGGAACAUUCUUGGGCUCUGUGUUCACACACCCAACAGGUUUAAAAUUGGACCUAAGAGUACAGGUCUAGAGUUAAUAUUAAAGUCUGUAGGUACAUCUAAAAUCCAGAUGACUUGCAGCAUACCUAGAAUUUCUAUCCAUUGGGCAUGCAUGGGUAUACCAAUAGUAUACACAAAAUAAAGGUUUACAUAAAAGCCUUCUGUGACUAAAAUGGUUUGUUGUAUACAUCACCCUGAAGAUGUUUUGCAUAUUAUAUAUGUGAAUUUUGGUUGUAAGUUCAUAACUUACCCAGGGGUAUAGACUCAUAACUCUUUUAAAAUUAUACUUAGGAUGAUAUCAUGCCAUCUCUGUUUGUAAAAACACUGAUAGAUAAUCAAGUUACUUACAUGUUUUCAAACACAAUUCAGAGCAGCUCUCCUCAGUAUAAUUUAUUAUUCUCUUUCUGCAUCUGUUAGGACAAUUCGAAUACUCUAUGUAUGUAAGGCAUUGAUAAAACAGUAAUAAUAUGUGAGAAAUAAAAUGGAAAUGUUUUAUAUAUAUUAAAUAUUUUGGUUUUAUGUCACCUCAUUGUGACAUAUACUGUUAGUCCGAUUUGAAUAAACAGGUUUUGAAAAGACAAACCUUUUUCUCCAAUGACAGGAUAGUAUAAUUGCCUGGUGCUUCACGAGACCUACACUAGAUGUUACUGGAGAGUUCUUGAAGCCAGGGAUACCACAUCAGGAACUGUUCAGGGCCUGUGAUAUUUUUUGAGGUAACUGGGUAACUAGAUGAUUAAUUGCUGCUAUCCCAGAUGACACUUUGCCUAUGUAAUGGGAUGUAUGUUAAGUGGGGAUGUGUGUAUUUAAGGAACUUCAGUUUACAUGUGUAUAUCAAUGUCUGAUGUUAUGUGUAAUACAUCUACCAGUCAUGUACAUUUUUACUUAACAGUUUGUAUAGAGCAAUAGGUCAGAACUCUGGGAAAACUUUUGAAUGGCAACCAACCAAGAUCAUUUUUAAUCAUUUAUUAGAUAUUUCGUAAUAUUAAGUGUCUUUGUUUCCCUUUGAAACUCUAAACACUUCAGAAAAAAAAACCUCGUAUCAGUAUAUUUCAUAAUAGUACAAAUAUAAAUGUAGAUACAUUUGAGUAGUUAAUUUGCAUUGUCUCACACAUAGCCUACUGCCUCAUUGCAGGUAAAGGGCAUCUAUAACUGCUCAGGGGAUCACAGGAACUGAACUGAAAUUGGAUUUUUGUAACAAGAAUGUGACAGUGGCAAUGUACUCCUCCAUUAGUAAACUCUCUAAAUUUGGUUCCACAAAGAAUCAACAGGAGCUGUUUCAAGUACUCUAAAAUGUUGUGUUAUCAAAAGAAGAGUUCCCAGAAUUUGAGGAAAGAUGGAAGAAAAUACCUAUGCUAUUUCCUUGGCAUUUGUGAAGGAAUUUGCCUUUUUGCAGAGAUAUUAUAACAGAAUUAACUACUUUCUUGGGGUGGCAGGGCUAGCUAGGGAGUGGGGGGUGGUUUGUGAAACCGAGUUUAAAUAAUUGGAUUUAAUUUUUUUUUUAAAUAUUGAAAAGUGCCUGAAAAAUGGUAACUUCUUCCUUAAAUAGCUAAAUGCGUGUGAGAUUGUCACAAACAACAGGAACAGGUUGAUAGGUUAAACAUAUCUCUUGUGCAUCACAGGGCACGAUGAAUGCAGAUCCAGAGACUUUGUUUACGAAAGAGAGGGCUGACAACUUUGAUAACAGAGUUUGAUAUUUUUGGUUUAGAUAAAUGACCAGUGAAAGAAUUAACCUUAUCUCCUUUCUUGGUCUGCCAGUUUAUCCUUUCCUAGUAAUUCUCUUUCUGUAUUCAGAGGAAAUAUGGGUCUGCAUAAAGGAUGUUUGGAUGUGGCAGCAGAAAUCUUUUUGUGUUUGGUGUAGUACCGCACAGUCCAUUUGAAACAGAAAUCAAAAGUCUGCCAACAGAUUGUAAUCUGGGUGUGAUAACCCACUAUCCAGAUAUCCCAUGGGAUAUAUUGGCACAACACCUACCCAUUGCCCCCCUCUAGGAAAUUUUCUCUUCUUACUAGGUGAGAAAGUGAGGAAGAAAGCCAUAUGGAAAGACAUGUUAGAAUCUUAGGCCUCCUAUUUGUUCAUGCCGUGGGUAUUUGACUUAAAAUCUGUAUUUUGAAAGAGACCUUUGAAAAACCAAUAACUGCAUGUGAAUUUUCUUAUAGCCUGCAUCAUGAAAAUCUUACCUCUUCAGGUUUGCGAAUUUACAUGUUUGUUUGAAUGUAAAUCACUGUUUCUAGGAGCCCCAAGUUUUUUAUUAAAAAUUAUUUGGAAUCUAAGGAUGUGUUCCUUUAGCUUUCCCCACACACUGAUUCUAAAAGACUUUUCUUUCUGUUCAUAGAUGGAUGCCUUUAUGUGUACAGAAUCAUAUCUGCGUGUGUAGCUUUAAGGACAAUUUCAGAAAUGCCUUAGAGGAAUGACAUUUUUCUAAAGCUGUUGCAACUUAUAUCCAUAGGCUAUUACAUCUCAUGUUGAGUCAUGAUCCAGGAAAUGUUGUUCUGUAUUUAAGAAAGUGCUGUUAUGUUAUAUUUUUCUAAUUCUUUGGAAGGAAAAUAGCUGUUUUAGUCUCUAGCCCCAAUGUGAGCAGAAAAUCAAGCGUGUUAACCUUUGUUACGCUGCACAAUUCUAGGACACAUUGAAUUUUAUCCUCCAAGAACCAACUAAAUCACUAUUAAAUCCUAGGUUGCAAAACGUGUGGAAAUAAUUCUUGCUACUUUCUUAAAGAGGGCAAGUGUACUGCCUUUAUUUGUGGCCGUCUUUCUCGUCUGUGUGAUAUUCCAUGUGGCCAGUAGACAGUAAUUGAUCAUUAUCCGGAAAAAUAAUAAAUCAUACGGGUGUUUGAUUAUUCUAAUAUAAACUGCUGCCAGGUGUCAAAGCUUUCAGUUCUGCAGAAUAGAGGUUGGACUAAAGGCCUUAUGUUUGCUUUUUACCAUUUUUAAGAAAGGAUUUACAUUAGAGCGUUAAGGUCAUUUCCAUUCGAUUGGUAUUCAAGGCAGGACUCCCAAAAGUUGAGUGCUAGGAGUAAGUUGACAACUAGCACUGUGUUUCUGGAAAACCGAAAGCCCUAUACCGUUGAUGCCUUUUUAUUAACUUGUUAUGUGCUUCUGAAAUGAUACCUGAGUACAAAGGUUUACAAUUGAGUUAUUCAAAUUUUGUUGCUUUAUCAUUCAGUUUCAAAGAAAUAAGAUCAUUUUAAAACAUUCUUGGGUUAUGAUCUGUUAAUGUCCUUAAUAAUCUCCUAGAAUACCACCAUUAUUUCAUUUUUAAACUGUGGUUAUUGUUUACUAAACUUAAAUUCACAUUCCCAAAGAAAUAGCGAGUGAACCAUUUUAUAUAGCAGUGAUUUUACAAUGCCCUGACCAGCAAACUUGUUGCAAUGUAAGUUAAUAAAUGCUCCUCCAAAUCACUAGAUUUAUAAUUAGAUUUUUAAGUAAUUCAAUUAUUUUUAUUUGUUAGAUGAUGAGUGUUAUUUUUCUUUAGACCCCAAAGAUAAUAUCCAACUCGACAUUAUAUGAAAGAGAUGAAUUUCUUCAAAUAAUUUGUUCAUUGCAAUUAUGUUUGUAUAUUUUUACAUAAACUAAAGAACUUUAAAGACCAAUCCUUUGAGAUAAAAUGAACAGAUAUUAGAUUGAUUUCAUAGAGAAAGCAACAUUUUGCGUUCAUGUCUCCACAAAGGUCCUAGUACUGGAAAGUGGCAGCCAGAAGCAGAAUGCUGGCUUGAAAGUAUGUUAAUCCUCUUGCAUCAGCCAGUAAUUCUCAGCCUGCCUUCACUCCCAAAUCUGUGAGUCCCAAGGGAACAUGCUCCCCUCUCAAUUACCUGCAUCAGUCAAGGUAAAUGUAAGACAGUAAUUUAUUGUUCCAAAUCAUCAUUUAAAGUCUAUGUUUUGGUGUUUCUGACAGCAAAGGGCAGAGCAGCACCCCCUAAGGUCAAGUCCUAUUGCUCCCUGGGGUUCAACUAGAGAAAGACAGGGCAUAGAUGGUGAUUCAUUAAAGAAAUAACAAGGUGAUGUGCAUCUGACUUGCUAAUGUUGGAACCACAAUUAUGGCUGAAUCUAUAUAUUUACCCCAAAUACCAAUGUGCUUGCCUCUCCCUUACAAGUACAAAUUUUAUUCUCACAGGUUCCUUUUGAUGUUUACAAUCAAGACUCAAAGUGAUCAUUAACUCAGAUCCAAAUCCUUUCCUAUGUUAUUAACAUUGCCAACUUGUACUCGAAUAUGUAUUUGUGGCCUAUCAUUAAAUAAAUCAACUGAUUGGCAAUUUCAGAAUCUAGAAAUGAGUCUCUAAAUAAAGCACUUAAUUUCUGA